AUGAUUUUUCAAUCUUUUCUACUAGGUAAUCUAGUAUCCUUAUGCACGAAGAUAAUCAAUUCGGUCGUUGUGGUCGGACUCUAUUAUGGAUUUCUAACCACAUUCUCCAUAGGGCCCUCCUAUCUCUUCCUUCUACGAGCUGAGGUUAUGGAAGAAGGAACCGAGAAGAAGGUAUCAGCAAGAACUGGUUUUAUUACGGGACAGCUCGUGAUGUUCAUAUCGAUCUAUUAUGCGCCUCUGCAUCUAGCAUUGGGUAGACCUCAUACAAUAACUGUCCUAGCUCUACCAUAUCUUUUGUUUCAUUUCUUCUGGAACAAUCACAAACUCUUUUUGAAUUAUGGACCCGCUACCAGAAAUUCAAUGCGUAAUUUCAGCAUUCAAUGUGUAUUCCUGAAUAAUCUCAUUUUUCAAUUAUUCAACCAUUUCAUUUUACCAAGUUCAAUGUUAGCCAGAUUAGUUAACAUUUCUAUGUUUCGAUGCAACAACAAGAUGUUAUUUGUAACAAGUAGUUUUGUUGGUUGGUUAAUUGGUCACAUUUUAUUCAUGAAAUGGCUUGGAUUGGUAUUAGUCUGGAUACGCCAAAAUCAUUCUAUUAGAUCGAAUAUACUUAUUCGAUCUAAUAAGUACCUUGUAUCAGAAUUGAGAAAUUCUAUGGCUCAGAUUUUUAGUAUUCUCUUAUUUAUUACCUGUGUCUACUAUUUAGGCAGAAUACCGUCACCCAUUCUUACUAAGAAACUGAAAGAAACCUCAAAAACGGAAACUUCUCUUCCGAAAAAAAGGAAGGAGACAGAUCCGAACAAAAUCGAUGAAAGGGAAGAAAUCCAAGUGAAUGGAAAGAAAGACGAAUUCUACUUUCCAUUUACAGAGGCAGAUUCGAAAAAUAGACCGGUUUCUAAAGAGUUUUAUCUCAUGAAUCAAAAUGAAAAUGAUGACAAUUCCAAAUUCAAAAUAUUUGAUAAAAAAACGCAAGAUAAACACCCCAUUCACUUUUACAAGCCUUUUGUAAUUCUUCUUUUUGAUUCAAAACGAUGGAAUCGACCCUCUCGCUACAUAAAAAAUAAUAAAUUUGACAAAGCUGUACGAAAUGAAAUGUCACAAUAUUUUUUUGAUAUAUGCCAAAGUGAUGGAAAUCCAAGAAUCUCUUUUACAUAUUUGUCUAGUUUAUCUUUUUUUUUUGAAAUUAUAAAAAGAAAGAUAUCCUCGGCUAUACUCAAAAAAUUUUCAUCUAAUGAACUUUACAAUUCGUGGGUUUUUACUAACAAACAAAAAGGGAAAAGUUUCAACAACGAGUUUAUAAAUCGAAUUGAAGCUCUAGACAAAGAAUCUAUUCCCUUGAAUAUGUUUCAAAUAAGGACUCAAUUGUGUAAUGAUGAUUUUACAAAAGAAUACUUAUCAAAAAGUUAUGAUCCGGUCUUGAACGGAUCAUAUCGAAGAAGAAUCUACAAAAGUCUUUCACGUUCAAUCCUAAUAAAAAAUUUUAAUAAAAAAUUUUGGAUAAAUCGGAUUCAUGUUAUGCUUCUUCCAUAUACUGAUUCCAACCAGAAAAUAAGCAGAUUUGAUAAAAAACCAUUAUCAAGAGAAAUUUUCACUUUCAGCAUUCAAUUUAUUAGAGAACCAGCAUCCAUCAAUCUAAAUAGGAGGGGUCCCUCUUUAUUUUCAUUUUCAGAAGGAAGAAAAUAUUUUCAAUAUUUUUUAAAUACAACUGAAACUGAUGAUAAUGGAAAAGCAAUUAGAAUAAAAGAAAUCAAUAAAAAAGUCCCUCGAUGGGCAGACAACUUAAUCACGGAGUUAGAACAAGAAUCGGGAGAACAUGAAGAAGACAUAGCAGUAGAUCAUGAAAUUCGUUCAAGAAAAGCUAAACGUGUAGUAAUUUUUACUACUAACAAGGAGGAUACUGAUCCUAAUACUACAGAUCCUAAUACGACAGAUCAAACAAACGAAGUGGCUUUGAUACGCUAUUCACACCAACCCGACUUUCGACGAGGCAUAAUCAAAGGUUCUAUACGGGCUCAACGACGUAAAAUAGAAAUUGGAGAAUUGUUUCAAGCAAAUGUGCAUUCCCCUCUUUUUUUCAACAAAAUCCAAAAAUUCCCUCUUUUUUCUUUUGAUAUCUCCGAGUGGAUUAAACUGAUUUUUCGAAAUUGGGUGGGGAAAGAGAAAGCAUUCAAAAUUUUAAAGUAUAGAAGAUAUGAAAAGCAAACAAAAAUAAAAGAACAAAAGGAGACUAAGAAAAAAAAGGAAAAAGCUCAAAUAGAUAUAGCAGAGUACUGGGAUAGGAUUCCAUUUGCGCAAGUAAUAAGAGGUUCUAUGUUAUUAACUCAAUCCAUUUUUCGAAAAUCGAUUCUAUUACCUUCACUCAUAAUUUCGAAAAAUAUUGGACGUAUAUUCCUAUUGCAAUUUCCCGAAUGGUCUGAAGAUUUCAAGGAAUGGAAUAGAGAAAUACAUGUUAAAUGCACCUAUAACGGUGUUCCAUUAUCCGAAACAGAAUUUCCGAAAAAUUGGCUGACAGAUGGUAUUCAGAUAAAAAUAUUUUUUCCUUUCUGUCUAAAACCUUGGCACAAAUCCAAAGAAGAGUCCUCUCCAAAAGAUCUAAUAAAAAAUAAAAAAGAAAAAGAUGAUUUUUCUUUUUUAACUAUUUUGGGAAUGGAAGCUGAACUCCCUUUUGGUUCGCCCCGAAAACGACCUUCCUUUUUUAAACCGAUUUUGAAGGAACUCGAAAAAAAACUGAGAAAAUUCAAAAAAAAAUCUUUUCGAGUUUUUGUUCAAGUUCUAAUAGUGUUCAAAAGAAAAACAAAAUUACUUCAAAAAGUUUUAAAAGAAAUAAAAGAAUGGGUUAUCAAAAGGGUUUGUUUUCUAAAAAAAAUAAUAAAAGAAUUUUUCAAAGGUUUAAAAGGCAAUCUAAUUCGAUUAUUUCGAAUAAGAGAAGUCGAAAUAUAUAAAUUGAGUCAAAUUAAAAUUAAAGAAGAAAAAUAUUCCAUGAUUAACAAUCAGAUAAUUCAUGAAUCAUCUAGGCAAAUUGCAUCUCCAAGUUUGAAAAAUUGUUUAUUGACAGAAAGAAAAAUGAAGGAUCGAACUCAUAGAACAAAUACACUUCGAGAUCAAAUUGAAAGAAUUUCCAAAGAGAAAGUAACUCCAAGAAUGAAUAAUCUUAGUCCCAAGAAAACAAGUUAUAGUGUUAAAAGAUUCAAAAAAUGGAAGGUAUUAAAAAGACGAAAUGCUCGAUUAAUGUGUAAAUUAUCUUUUUUUGUAAAAUUUUUCAUUGAACGAAUAUAUACGGAUCCAAUUUUAUUUAUCAUUAAUAGUGUCAGAAUGAAUAGAGAAUUUGUUCUUGAAUCAACAAUUCUUCAGAAAUCAAUUUACAAUAAUGAAAGAAAACAAAGAACACUUAAAAAAAAAAAUAAAAAUACAAUUCCCUUUUUUUCGAUUCUAAAAAAGCCAAUUGAUAAUAUUAGUAAAAGAAAUUCACCUAUUCUUUAUGACUUAUCCUACGUGUCACAAGCAUAUGUACUUUACAUACUCUCAGAACUACGGGUCAAUGACUUGUAUAAAUUAAGAUCUGUUCUUCACUCUCAAGGACUGCCCUUUUUUCUUUUUCUUAAGCCUGGAAUAAAGGAUUCUUUUGAAAGACAAGGAGUAGUUGGUUCGAAAUUGAAGAAUAAGCAACUUCCGAGUUAUGAAAUAAAUCAAUGGAAAAACUGGUUAAAAGUACAUUAUCAAUACGAUUUAUCUCAGAUCAUAUGGUCUAGAUUAAUACCCGAAAAAUGGAAAAAUAGAGUUUCUCAGCAUCAUAUAGCUAAAGCUAAGAAGGAAAAUGUAAAUAAACAACAUCGAUAUGAAAAAAAAAAAUUAAUUAAUUCAAAAAAAAAAAAAGAAUUUCAAGUAGAUUUAUUAGUUAAUCAAAAAGAAAAUUUUCAAAAAUACUAUAGCUAUGAUCUUUUAUCAUAUAAAUUUCUUAAUUAUGAAAAUAAAACGGAAUGCUUUUUUUAUGGAUUCCUCUUUCAAGGAAAUAAGACCCAAGAGAUCUAUUAUAAUACACCUAAAGAAAGCUUUUUUAAUACACUGAGGAAUAUCCUUAUUAAUAAUUAUAUAGGAAAGGUAGAUAGUCUAUAUAUAGAUCUGGACAAAUCGGCCGAUAGAAAAUAUUUGGAAUGGAAAAUUCCAAAUUUUGAUCUUAAACAAAAAUUCGAUAUUCAGGCGUGGAUGCCGAUUGAUAUCAAUAGGAAUCAAAAUACUCAAAUUACUAAUAAUAAUAACUCUCAGAUAAUUCAAAAAAAAGAUCUUUUUUAUCUUAUGAUUUCAGAAAUGAAUUCAUCAAAGUCCCCAAAAACUUUUUUUGAUUGGAUGAGAAUGAAUGAAAAAAUGUUAAAGCGUCCCAAUCUGGAACUUUGGUUCUUCCCAGAAUUGGUGUCACUUUAUACUGUAUAUAAAACGAAACCUUGGUUUAUACCAAGCAAAUUCCUUUUUUUUUAUUUGAAUAGAAAUAAAAAAAGUAGUGAAAAGAAAAAGAUCAAGGAAAAAGAAAAAAGUUUGAUAGCAUCGAAUAAAGAGCAUCGAAAUAAAGAAGAAAGAGAACCCACAAGCCAAGGGGAUCUUGAAUCCAUUCUACCAGAACAAAAAGAUAUUGAAAAAAAUUAUGCAAGACCUGACACAAAAAAAGGCAAGAAACAAAAACAAUACAAAAGUGACACAGAAGCAAAACUCGAUUUCUUCUUAAAACGUUAUUUGCUUUUUCAAUUGAAAUGGGACGAUACUUUGAAUCAAAGAAUGAUGAAUAAUAUCAAAGUAUAUUGUCUCCUCCUUAGACUGAUAGAUCCAAGACAAAUUACUAUAUCCUCGAUUCAAAAAAGAGAAAUGAGUUUGGAUAUAAUGCUGAUUCGGGGAAAUUUCACUCCUACAGAGUUUAUGAAAAGGGGAAUAUUAAUUAUCGAACCCAUUCGACUGUCUGGAAAAAAAGAGGGACAGCUGAUUUUGUAUCAAACUGUAAGUAUUUCGUUGGUUCAUAAGAGUAAGUACCAAAUUAAUCAAAAAUACGGAUAUGUUUUGAAAAAAAACAAAAAAGGGGAUGAAGCUAUUUUACCACAUCAAAGAAUAACUCAAAAGAUAAAGAAAAAUCAUUUUGAUUUACUUGUUCCUGAAAAUAUUUUAUCGUUUAGACGUCGUAGAAAAUUUCGAAUUCUAAUUUGUUUGACUCCAAAGACUCGGACUGAUGUAGAUAUAAAUCUAGUAUUUUACAACGAAAAGAGCAUCAGCCAAGUUUCACAUGAUAAUAACUACUUUGAUAGAGAGAAAAAGAAAUUUAUGAAAAUCAAACUCUUUCUUUGGCCUAAUUAUCGAUUAGAAGAUUUAGCUUGUCUGAGUCGUUAUUGGUUUGAUACCAAUAAUGGCAGUCGUUUUAGUAUGGUAAGGAUCCAUCUGUAUCCACAAUUGAAAGUUUGUGGAUAA